AGUGUCCCGCCUGCUGUGCUACCUCUGGAUCUAAGUCUGCUGGAUUACCACUUGGGAUCUCAGCUCAUUAUUCCCUGCUCCCAGAUUUAAAUGGGAGGCAAAGUUGGACCUCCAUGGACUACACAGAUGGUGACAGCCAGCUUGUUUCCUCUUGCAUCUUUAAUAGCUUACUAGCAUUCACAAUGAUUUCACUUUACUUCAGUGAAAGUGUUUUUAUAUGUAAAUUAGUCUAGGCUCAUUGUCACUGAUAUUGUCUAGUUAAUAGAGGUUAGUUAUUUUAUAGUUUGAACUUGGUUACCAAAGCACAUUUUAAUCUGUGGGCAAGAUGAGUGGGGAAGAAGGCUAGACAUGUAGGGAAUUUGUCUGCCUGUAUUUUUUUUUUUUUUUUAAAGUUGGACAAUCUAGUCUUUUUCGGUCCUUUUUAAACCUGAAAAUGUGACUAUCACACUCUUCCGUGUACUGUUAGUGUUGUGAUUUUUUUUUUUCUUUGGUCAGAGUGGAGGUUCCACAUUGGACUGCAGGUGAACUCGUAUCUCUUCUGCUGUUCCCUCUCCCAGGGAGCCCUCAAACUAAACUUCUUUUUUGUAAACCCACUUAGACCCCCGAUUCCCCCCGUGGGGGCUACUUUGAAACCUCCGUCCUAACCUCUGGUGUUUGAGGACAAGGAAAACCAAGCCAAAAAAAAAGGGGUUAUUGAGAAGGAAGACACCCCCCUCCCAAAGGUGAGAGGGGGGGAAGAUGGCAGCUCUCGCCAGCUCUCUCAUUAGACAGAAACGGGCGGUCAAGGACGACCAAGCCAACCGACCGGUAGCCAACAAGCGCAAGCCCUGUCCUAAGAGCAACAAGUCCCUGUGCCAGAAACAGAUCCUAGUCUUGAUCUCUAAAGUACGGCUAUGUGGGGGUCGAAAAGGUCGCAACGACAAAAGACCGGAGCCCCAGCUGAAAGGCAUUGUUACCCGACUGUACAGUCAACAUGGAUAUUACCUGCAGAUGCAGCCAGAUGGCACCAUGGACGGCACAAGGGACGAAAGCAGCUCCUUCUCACAGUUCAACUUGAUUCCUGUGGGACUGCGGAUUGUUGCAAUCCAGGGGGCAAAAACAGGGCUGUACCUUGCCAUGAACAGUGAAGGAUACCUUUAUACCUCUGAGCACUUCACCCCGGAGUGUAAAUUCAAGGAGAGUGUGUUUGAGAAUUACUACGUGACAUACUCCUCCAUGCUCUAUCGCCAGACCCAGUCAGGCCGCUCCUGGUAUAUCGGUAUCAAUCGUGAUGGCCAGGUCAUGAAGGGCAACCGGGUAAAGAAGACCAAAGGAGCCGCGCACUUCCUGCCUAAAGUUAUAGAGGUCGCCAUGUAUAAGGAGCCAUCGCUACAUGAGCUAGCAAGUGAGCAGAGUCCUCCUAGGAAGACAGUGAAGACGUCUGACUCACCAUCCCUCAAGAACGGAAGGAAAGAAGCUCCCAAGGCUGAUGCGUCAUAGCAUAGGAGACUGAGGGUGGGGCAAGGGCAGCAGUGACACAGGGAACUCAGUCGCCCAUUAUGCUUUGGGGCUGGCUGAAGGAAUGGCCAUUAUCGGGCCGCCUCUUUCCAGAAGUGCACUACAAGAUGCUGAGGGAUGAAGAGUCAGCAGUCCAUCAGCAGCAAAGAAGGCCUGAGAAAGGAGUUCCUGUCUAUCUGUCACCAGAGAGAGAAAGACCAGAGCCCAAGAUAACCACUACCACACCCAACCUCACCUUUCCACUGUCACUCCUCAAAUUUGUCUCUUUCUCUGCCUCCCCUGACCACACAUGGCAGAGCAUCCUUGAUUUAUCUGUCUCUCACUGGCUUCUUCAUCCCACCAACAUCUUCAUCUACCCUAAUUUCACCACUCAUGCAUUCCCAUUUGCUGUAUUUUGUUCUAUCUGUGCAUGUUAGCCAUGGGUGAGAAAAUGACAGUGCUAACUAGCCAUCAUAAUCCUGGUGACAGUGUGGCUUAGCCUGCCCUCCACCAUCUGCCUACCAGCUGAGAACCAAGGUCAAAAUAGUCAACUAAAACUAAAAGUAAGAUAUAUAGUUAGGUGAAUACAGAUAUCUCGGGGAAUCACUGUCCGGGACAAUAGAAGGAGGUGAGAAAGCUGAAAAAACAACAGCUAAAUUUGAAGAAUUAUUUCUGCCACCAGAGGUAAAUGAAAUUAAAAUCAAAGUAAAGUAUUUUUCAUUUGAGUCUUUUGUCAAGUGAAGGGAUAUGAGAAUCCUCCAGCAAUACAGUGGAGUCCACAUCAGUAUAUUUCUACACGGUAUGCAAACAGUCUAAAAAAUGAGCAUGAUGACAACAAUAGGGAGAAAAAAGGAUCAAAAUGUUAAAAUGGUGAUGAUUACCAUGAUGGAAAUCAUUACUUUUAUGAUGCAAAACACUCAAGAACAUACCAAUAACGUAAAAUAUGAGCCGAAACAAAAAUGUGAACGUUUAAUGACAGGACAUUUACAGGGUUUCAGGGUUCUGAAAAACUGAUAACCAUUGAAAACUUCAUUGUAUCCCCACCCUGGUAUAAUAAAGCUCUUAUGAGGCUUACACCAGAAGACAGAUAGAUGCUCCAAGUGUGUGCUGUGCA